AUGGCUAUGUCUGAAGUAAGUAAAUUAGUUAAUAGUCGAGGGAGAAUUAAAGCAAAAUUGACAGCGUUUAAUACAUAUCUCGAGAAAGCGGCGACAGAUUCUGCGAAACUCGCGGAAUUGCCUAGCAGGUUAGAGCGGGCUGUAAGGCUCUGGGAUGAGUUUGAUGGUAUUCAAGAUCAAAUCGAAGAGUUAGAUGCCACGGAUGCGCAGAUCCGUGAAAGAGAAAAUUUUGAAAAUUCCUAUCAUGCCAUCAUAACCUCGACCAGGGCACUUCAGUCACGUCAAGAUCGGGUAAAUCAAUCAAGCCCAAUGGGUUCCAUUUCCGAAAGAUCAGGGGGUGAUCGGCAAAUUCAUAUUGUUAAUCAACCAACCAUUGUAAAAUUGCCGGACAUAGAACUGCCAAAAUUCGAUGGUAGCUAUAAUAAAUGGAUUUCUUUUCGCGAACUAUUUGAAUCUCUCAUAGAUGCUGAUCCUUCCCUACCAGCGACAGCUUAUCGACAGUAUCUCUCAGCAUAUUCAGUCAUUAAAUUAGAACAACCAGUUGAGCACUGGAACACGAUUCUCAUUCACAUUCUGGUGCCUAAAUUAGACAAAAUUACGAAAAGAGAAUGGAAAUUAAAGGGAACGAAAAUGAAUCGAUUUCCGAAGCUUAACGAGUUUAUAGAAUUUUUGAAUGCUCGCAGUGAGUUCCUAGAAUCAUUGUCUCACACGGGUGGUAAUGUGAAUUCUGUUUCCAGUGCCAACAAGACGAACAAGUCUGUUGCAUGCGCAUGUGUGUCUGAUGAGGAUUCAAGGUGUCUCAUAUGUCAGGGUCAACAUAAAGUCGGCGACUGUAAUAUAUUCUGCAAAUGGCCGCCAUCGAAGGGCUUCACUGAGGUUAAGGGAAAACGGCUAUGCAUCAAGUGUCUCAAAGAAUAUCAUGGUCGAAAUUGUAAGGUGUCAGGAUGCAAAACUUGUAAGGGAUAUCACAACACUCUUCUACAUGUGGAAAAUUGGAAUCCGUCCAAAGCCGCCGUCGAGGAAAACGUGUCGGGAUCAGCAGGAUCGACUAAAACAGUGGCAGAUAAACAGACAAUCGCAGCCAUUACUCAAACUUCGACAACUACUGUCACGCAUUGUGCCACUAAGGGACCGGAGCAAGUCAUUUUGUCUACAGCCAUAAUCUACAUAAAGGACAAAUUUGACGCCUGGCACGAGUGCCGCGCUCUCUUAGAUAGUGGCUCCCAAUCCAAUUUUAUGACAUGUAAGCUCAGUGAUCAGCUUCAAUUAUCCAAGCAUCGAGCCUCGAUUACUAUAGCUGGCAUUAAUGAGACCUUACUAAAAGUUGGGCAGCAAGUGACCGCCACAAUCCGAUCAUGUCACAAUGCCUUCCAAGUGACGCUCCUUUUCCUAACCAUUAACAGAAUAACGGAGAAAUUGCCACUAAAUUGCAUAAGUACAGAGGAAGUCAAAAUUCCAGAUGGAGUGACUUUAGCCGACCCCGCAUUCCAUACACCUGCCGAGGUGGAUAUAUUACUGGGAGCAAGCAUUUUCUGGGACCUCCUAUGCAUUGGACAAGUUAGAUUAUCCAGGCAUCAACCCAUCUUUCAAAAGACUCAACUUGGGUGGAUAAUAUCCGGAUCAACGAAAGUCAGUGAAGUUGCAAUGGUGAAAACAGGUUACUGUGGAUUUUCGUCGGAACAAAUGCUAAGUGAUCAGGUACAGAAAUUUUGGCAAAUGGAAGAAAUCCAAUCAAGCCAUCAGUUGUCGCCAGAAGAGACACGAUGUGAAGAACAUUACAUGAGUACCGUCAGUCGAGCCGAUGACGGCAAAUUUGUCGUACAAUUACCGUUAAAAUUGGAUCCGUCAAACCUAGGGGCGUCAUUCGACACAGCCAAGAAGCGAUUGCAAGCAGUCGAGCGAAAGCUAGUCCGGGUCAGCCACUUAAAGGAACAAUAUCACGAAUUUAUGCGGGCAUAUUUACAGUUAGGGCACAUGUCCAAGGUCGAAGAGGCGGAGGCGCUGACCGAACGAGCACAUUAUCUUCCACAUCAUGCAGUGGUUAAAGCUGAAAGCACUACGACUAAAGUCAGAGUCGUUUUUGACGCGUUCUGUCCUACAACAUCAGGAAAAUCCUUAAACGAUCUCAUGAUGGUGGGACCUACCAUUCAAGAUGAGCUGUUCUGCAUUCUCUUGCGUCUGCGUCAACAUAAGUACGCCAUGUCAGCCGAUAUUACAAAAAUGUAUCGGCAAAUCUGGCUGCAUGAGUCUCAACGCCAUCUCCAAUGGAUUAUGUGGAGAUGGGCCCCCGACGAACCUAUAUGCAUCUUUCAGCUGAAUACCGUCACAUAUGGAACAGCAAGCGCUCCAUACCUGGCGAUAAGAUGCUUAGUGGAAACUGCACGACAAUAUCAAAGUGAAAAUCCUGCGGUUUCUAAAGUCAUCUCACAAGAUUUCUAUGUAGACGACUUGUUGACGGGCAAGGACGACGCAGACGAACUUGUUCAAUUACAAAUAGAUAUUGCUCGAAUAUUGAAAUUAACCGAAUUCAAACUCAGGAAAUGGAGGUCGAAUUUACCAGAGCUCUGCACUCAGACAACGGAGGAACAAACAAUGAUUGAUGAGCAAGCUAAAAUACUCGGGUUGUUGUGGAACACCUCCACGGAUCGCUUCUUAUACAAAGCGCACAUUGACGAAGGAAGUAAGAAGAUUACAAAACGAAGUGUUCUGUCGAACAUCUCGCAACUUUACGAUCCACUCGGGCUUGUGGGUCCAGUAAUAGUACAAGCAAAAAUAAUUCUCCAAGGAUUAUGGCAACUUAAAUUGGGCUGGGAUGAAUCGAUACCGCUGCAGGCCCAUUCUAAGUGGAUGGAAUGGCGACGCAACAUAGCAUACAUCGAUGAAGUAUCAGUAUCCAGACGAAUACUAUGCGACGAACCGAAGUCCGUAGAAUUACAUGGAUUCUGCGACGCGUCUGAAAAAGCAUACGGAGCGUGUGUAUAUAUGUGCAGCUUGGACGCACAACAAAAGCGCACAGUGAGACUAGUGUGCGCCAAAUCACGGAUCGCACCACUCAAGAAGACAUCUUUGCCACGCUUAGAGCUUUGUGGAGCACUUUUAUUAGCCAAGCUGUGCGAGAAAAUAAGGAAGGCAAUGACAGUUUCGGUGGAUGAUACACAUUAUUGGAGCGACUCUACUAUCACUUUAGCAUGGAUUGCAGGUGAAUCUUACCAGUGGCAUACCUUCGUCGCAAAUCGUGUAGCGGAAGUGCAUUGA